CCUCUCCCGGCGUGCCCCGCGCCGAGUUUGGUGGGGGGUACUCGGCGGUGCCGCCAUGACUAUUCUCCCCAAAAAGAAACCGCCGCCUCCCGACGCCGACCCCGCCAACGAGCCGCCGCCGCCCGGGCCGCUGCCCCCGGCGCCUCGCCGCGGCGGGGGUGUAGGCGUGGGCGGCGGCGGCACGGGUGUGGGCGGCAGCGAUCGCGACCGUGACUCGGGAGUCGGCGCCCGUCCUCGAGCCUCGCCACCGCCUCAGGGCCCGCUCCCGGGGCCACCGGGUGCCCUCCAUCGCUGGGCGCUGGCCGUGCAGCCUGGCGCCGUGGCGGGACCCCGGCCACAGCAGGCCUCUCCUCCUCCUUGCGGGGGCCCCGGCGGUCCCGGCGGCGGUCCCGGUGACGCGUUGGGUGCCACAGCAACAGGCGUGGGCGCGGCGGGCGUGGUGGUGGGCGUGGGCAGUGCCGUGGGCGUGGGCGGCUGCUGCUCUGGGCCGGGUCACAGCAAGCGGCGGCGUCAAGCCCCUGGGGUUGGCGCGGUUGGCGGGGCCAGUCCUGAGCGUGAGGAGGUCGGCGCAGGUUACAACAGUGAGGAUGAGUAUGAAGCGGCUGCAGCGCGCAUCGAGGCCAUGGACCCCGCCACCGUCGAGCAGCAGGAGCACUGGUUUGAAAAGGCCCUGCGAGACAAGAAGGGCUUCAUCAUCAAGCAGAUGAAGGAGGACGGCGCCUGUCUCUUCCGGGCUGUAGCUGACCAGGUGUAUGGAGACCAGGACAUGCAUGAGGUUGUGCGAAAGCACUGCAUGGACUAUCUGAUGAAGAAUGCCGACUACUUCUCUAACUAUGUCACAGAGGACUUUACCACCUACAUCAACCGGAAGCGGAAAAACAACUGCCAUGGCAACCACAUUGAGAUGCAGGCCAUGGCAGAGAUGUACAACCGGCCCGUGGAGGUGUACCAGUACAGCACAGAACCCAUCAACACAUUCCAUGGGAUCCAUCAAAAUGAGGAUGAACCUAUCCGUGUCAGCUACCAUCGGAAUAUCCACUACAAUUCAGUGGUGAAUCCUAACAAGGCCACCAUUGGUGUGGGGCUGGGCCUGCCAUCAUUCAAACCGGGGUUUGCAGAGCAGUCCCUGAUGAAGAAUGCCAUAAAAACAUCGGAGGAGUCGUGGAUUGAACAGCAGAUGCUGGAAGACAAGAAGCGGGCCACAGACUGGGAGGCCACAAAUGAGGCCAUUGAGGAGCAGGUGGCUCGGGAGUCCUACCUGCAGUGGCUGAGGGAUCAGGAGAAACAGGCUCGCCAAGUCCGUGGCCCCAGCCAGCCCCGGAAAGCCAGCGCCACGUGCAGCUCUGCCACAGCAGCAGCCUCCAGUGGUCUGGAGGAGUGGACCAGCCGGUCCCCAAGGCAGCGGAGUUCAGCCUCGUCACCCGAGCACCCUGAGCUGCAUGCCGAGCUGGGCAUCAAGCCUCCUUCCCCAGGCACUGUCUUAGCUCUUGCCAAACCUCCUUCACCCUGUGCACCAGGUACGAGCAGCCAGUUUUCGACAGGGGCCGACCGGGCUACUUCUCCCCUCGUGUCCCUCUACCCUACUCUGGAGUGCCGGGCCCUCAUUCAGCAGAUGUCCCCCUCUGCCUUUGGCCUGAACGACUGGGAUGAUGAUGAGAUCCUAGCGUCGGUGCUGGCAGUGUCCCAACAGGAAUACCUAGACAGUAUGAAGAAAAACAAAGUGCACAGAGACCCACCCCCAGACAAGAGUUGAUGGAGACCCAGAGACUGGAGACCAUCUCCCAACCCCCACACUCCUGCCCUCUGGUGCCACCCCACCUUCUUUGGCUUUCUUCCCUCUUGCCUUCUUCCUUCUUCCCUCUCUCCCCUCCUUUCACUCCUCCCCACUUCCCUCCGGCUAGCCCACCCCUGCGCACCCUCUCAUCGCUGCCACCACCAUCAUCACCUGUCUCUUCGCCAGCUGACGUGCCCUGUUGCCCCCUGCACAGCACCAUCCCUGCAUUCCACAGGGGACUCGGGCAAGGGUGCUGAAGGUAGGCGAGAGGCACACAGAGACAAACAACUGGCAGCCAGGCAGCCCCUGAGGAGAGACAUUCAGACAGAGGAAAGUCUCCUUGUCCCCGAUUCCUUCCAAGAUCAGAAACUUGUCACCCCACCACAAAUGAUGCCGGGGAGGUGGGAGGAAGAAGUGGGAAAAUCCCCUUCCCAGUACCCCAAGAAUGUCUGAGCCUUCAAUGUUGAACUUCUUCUUUAUUAAAACGUACUUUUAUCUUAUAAAAUCAACCAAUCAAAAACUGAUGUAGACAACAGCACUGGCUCUAUGAAAGUGGCAUCUCUCUGGUUUGGGGGCAGGCAGGCCAUGGGGCACGAAGAUGUGAUUGAUGUCCCUGGCCUCCAGCUCUGUGGAGGCGGGCAGGGUCUAGUGUGAGCCAGGGUGGGGUGGGAGGGCAGGGGGGGCAGGUGUCAAGUGGGCUUUGGACAAUGAGACUCUGACCUUGCUGCAUUCCUUAUGCUUCCACCACCACCACCAGUCUUUUUGGAAUCUUGGGGUGGGGGGCACCUUUGAGGAUCAUGGCCACCACCCAGGAUUUGAGUGUGGGGGGUGGGAGCAGCCUUGGCAGAUGGGGCACCCAUGCCCUGCAGGUGUCAGCAAGAUCCACCAUCUGUAAUGUCCUUGGCACAAUAAAACCAAAUGUCAGUUUCCCCUGAGCGCCUCUGUUCUGUGUGGGACGGGGUGGGUGAGCCUCUGAUCAGAGGCGGUGAUGGCACAGACCUUGGCUUGACCUCUAAGGGCCGUAUGCUCUCCAUUGGGGUCUUUCUGGGGGCCCAGAGUUUGUUCAUAUUUGAUUCACUGGUUACUAAACCAGCUUUUGGACCUGUUACCAC